UCCAGUUCAUUGAUUAAUGUGUAUAAUUCAUUAUGUAGCAUUGUAGGCUAGUUUCUGUUGAAGUAUAAUAACAAUUUCAUACUUAAAACGUUUAUCAGCAGUUCAACACUUGAAUUUCGUGUGGUUAUGUUUAUGUUUAGUGUAAAACAAAAUUACUCUAAUUGAAUAUACAUUAUAACUCUUAAAUUUAAUUUAUCUCAAGAAAUAUUCUUAACCUCUUAUAUAGUUACUUUUAUUGUGCAAGUUGUCUUUCUCUUGAAGUAUUGUUGAUUCCAAUUCAAGACUUUUUAGUACAGGGCUGCUCUGUUCUUUUUGAUUGUUUAGAUUUUCAACAAUCAAGCAGGAAUGGCAAGUGUCUUGCCGGACUCGGACAGUGAAGACGAUCUUCCACCUGGCUGGGAAGAACGAGCAACUGUAGAUGGUUCUGUGUAUUAUGUCAAUCACAAUACAAAAGGAACACAAUGGACUCAUCCAAGGACUGGAAAGAAGAAAAGAGUUGCUGGAGAGCUACCAUUUGGCUGGGAGAAGGUGGUGGAGGACAGUGGUAAAGUACUGUAUGUGGACCACGAGAACCACCGUACAACCUACACUGAUCCACGGCUGGCUUUCGCUCAAGAGGAGAAGGAGUCUCCACUCAUGUUCAGACAGAGAUUCGACGGAUCUAGUACAGCAUUGCAAGUCUUGCAUGGUCGAGACUUGGGAGGUAAAGUAGCCGUCGUCACGGGUGCCAACUGUGGCAUUGGCUACGAGACGGCUAGAGCGUUAGCCAGGCAUGGCUGUCAUGUGGUGUUGGCCUGUCGCUCACUCACUCGAGCGCAAGAAGCAAUCGAGCGUAUUCAAGCUGAGCGACCACAGGCCAUUUGUACCUCCCAGCGACUUGACCUCAAAUCUCUUAAGAGUGUCAAGGAGUUUGCCAACUCACUUAAGGGUCAUCCAGCGUUCAACAGAGGCAUAGAUAUGCUGAUUUUGAACGCCGGAGUUUUCGCCCUGCCACAUUCCUUGACUGAGGACGGACUGGAGACCACGUUCCAAGUAAACCAUCUCAGUCAGUUCUACCUCACUUUACUACUGGAGGACUUACUGGCCAGAGCUUCCUCUUCCAGAGUUGUCUUUGUGUCUUCUGAAUCUCAUCGUUUCAGCACACUGAAUGUUGACAAUAUGUCAGAAGAAUGGUUUUGCCCCAAGCCACAAAACUACUGGAGUAUGAUGGCUUACAAUGACAGCAAGCUGUGUAACGUGUUGGUGGCAAAUGAACUUGCCAGACGAUGGGCGUCUAGAGACAUCUUGGUGUUCAGCUGCCAUCCUGGGAACAUGGUCAGCAGCAACAUCAGCCGUCACUGGUGCCCCUACAGGCUGCUGUUCAUCUUGGUGCGUCCCUUCACCAAAUCUCUGGAGCAAGCAGCCAGUACGCAAGUAUAUUGUGCAACAGCUCCGGAACUUUCUGAUGUUAGCGGUCUCUAUUUCAACAACUGUUGUCGCUGUGAGCCCAGCAAACAAGCUCAGAACACCCAACUGUCAUCUAGGCUAUGGCAGCUCAGUCUGGACUUCAUCUCCUCUCGCUUCUCCAGCCUGGAUAUUCCAGACAAGUACCGGAACAAGCCGUGAAUGUCUGGCCGAUACGUUGAAUAUUCUUAGCUUAUGAGGCCAGUGUCGUAACUAAGUUUUCUUGUUUACACAGUAUUGAAAUAUUCCUCACAAUACAAUUAUUGAAAUGUUACGGCUUCACUGUAAAGACCAUUUUCACCCGGAACUAAAGCAGUCAUAUGCGAGCAAUGUUUCAACGUGGUAUGAACUAGGAACUUACAUAUUUUAAACAUUUAAAGGAUAUGAAACAGGUGGAAUGGAUAAAUGAGGUUGUGCAGUAAUGUUUUAAACUUAUAUCCUGGAUAUGGUUGAUAGAUAAAAAGAAUGGAAGUAAGAGAGAGAAAGUGGUUAUGAGUUCACUAAAAAUUUCAAGAUACUUUGUGUGAUAACAAUAAAUUACGAUUAAAGUUUUAUUCAUAAAAACUAAAUAUGUAAUAUUUGUAUCUACUUAAAAUUAAAUUUUUUUAACAUGUUAUAUAUUUUACUUAUGAAUACAAUGUGUAAAGAGGUUUUAUUUGUAUAUACUUUUGUAAUUUGUCGUACAUUUAAGCUUGAUUGGUCACAUAAAUGUUUUUGUAAGGGUUUUUAGGUUAUAACUUGUUUAUUAAGGUUCAAUUAUGUAUGUAUUAUGUAUUUAAGAUUUGGCUGAUGAUUUUUUGCUGAAUGUGCCAGUAAUUGCAAAUAGCUAUGUCUGACUUUACUGUGAAUAGUUUAUAAAUUGGACUUUCACUAGAUUUUGUAUUUCUUAUUAAGUGCAUUGGAAAUGAUAAUUUUUAUAAUAAUUGUGUUUUUACCUCAUUUUCUAAUAAAAGUAUUGUAAAAAUUU